AUGGCUUUAGUAGAUGCAAAUUAUUUGAUUACGUAUAUUGACGUUGGGUGCCAAGGUCGCAUCAGUGACGGUGGUGUUUUCAGAAAUACAUCUCUUUACAAAAAAUUAGAACAGAACGAACUUAAUCUUCCUAUAGAUGAGCCACUUCCAACAAAAACCGAAAUGAUGYCAUAUGUUUUUGUCAGAGWUGCUGCAUUUGCAUUGGCCAAACAUACAAUGAAACCAUACUCGGGCGUAUAUGAAAAAGGUAACUCGAAACGUAUAUUUAAUUAUAGGCUUUCAAGAGCUCGCCGAAUUGUUGAGGACGUAUUUGGUAUAAUGUCAUCUGUUUUUCGUGUUUUGAGAAAGCCAAUUAUAUUAAACGAACACAGAAAUUCAGACAUAGCAAUGACGUGUGCAUUGCUGCACAAUUUUUUAAAAAGAAGUUCCUGGAGAACAGACCAGAGUGAUAUGUCAUCAUUUUUGCCAGUUCGGAGAGUGGCUCGAAAAUCUGGACUUGAAGCUCUCCGAAUAAGAGAUUUAUUCGCUCAAUACUUCGUGACAAACGGAGCAGUGACUUGGCAGAAUAACAAAUAA